AUGAUGCCAGUACAAGAUAAUGGUGCCACCACCAAAUUAAACCAACAUGAGAUUAUUCCCUUGGCUAACGAUGUAGGUGCCUUGGGAAAUCGUAUUAAUAAGGAUACCCGUGAAGCUCACAACAAGAUAGAUAAGAAGAUCACAUUAAAGUUGGCAUUAGCCCUCAGGGAUGCCAAGAUCUACCGUCAAGGACUUCAGUCAUUCUACCAUGUAUUUGUCGCUAUUGAGAAGAGUCUCUAUAAGCAGUUUGAGAACACAGACGGCGAGUGGACUGAUAUCUUGAAGAAAAUAUGGAAGCCUGAAGUAGCUAGACGUGAAAAGGCUGAACAAGACUUAUUGUUCUACUAUGACGAUGAUAAAUCCAAGUUCAUCCUGCCAAUGUUGAGCGAACAGAUCAAGUUUGUUGAGCACAUUGAACGUGUUACCACCGAGAAGCCGUACUUGCUCUUAGCUUAUAUGCAUGUGAUGUACUUGGCUCUUUUCGCUGGUGGUAGAAUCAUGAGAUCAUCCAUAUCCAAGGCAUCUGGUUUAUUCCCACAGAAGGAUGGCUUGAAACACGAAGAAAUUGUUAAGUUGGGCACCAACUUUUUCACGUUCGAUGUUGCUGAUGAGAACUUGUUAAGAAUUAUUUACAAGAGAGACUACGAAAUCUUAACCAGAAACAACUUAACGGAGCAACAGAAGUUGGAGAUCAUUGAAGAGAGUAAGUACAUUUUCCAGCAGAAUAACAACUGUAUUUCUGAAAUUGAAAGACACAACAUCAAGAGAUUGACACAGAAAUGGUCGUACAUUGCUAUAACCAAAGGUUACUACGUUUUGAUGUUUGCCCUUGUGAUACUUGCAAUUUACUACGCCAGAAGAAUAUUACUCCACUUGUUAUACUAG